GAAACUGAACGCACCAUCCCUCUCAUGAGGGGGAGGAGGAAGAACCUCGGAGGCCUUUUUAUUGGACUGGUUUAUCAUUGGUCACACACAAUCUCUCACCAUGAACGGUGGUGUCACAGCUGCCCUCCUUGUGUGGAUUCUGACUUCUCCGAGCAGCAGUAGCCAUGGCAGAGAAAAAGGUUGGCCCACGCACAUAGCCUGCAGCAGUAGGGGCUUGGAAGUCAUCUACCAGAGCUGUGAUCCCUUACAGGAUUUUGGCCUUUCUAUUGACGGGUGUUCCAAACAUAUCCAACCAAAUCUCAACAUUAGAUUUGGCAUCAUUCUGAGAGAGGACAUCAGAAAACUGUUUCUGGACAUAGCUCUUGUGGCGAAAGGCUCUUCUAUUCUGAACUACUCCUAUCCCAUCUGUGAGGAGGACCAGCCCAAGUUCUCUUUCUGUGGAAGAAGGAAAGGAGAACAGAUAUACUAUGCCGGCCCUGUCAAUAACCUUGGACUUGAUGUUCCACAGGGAGAAUACCAGAUCUUGCUGGAACUGUACAAUGAGAACCGUGCUACUGUGGCUUGUGCCAAUGCCACUGUCGUCUGCUCUUGAGCGUGGCCUGCAAGAAAAUGCACAGUAAACUCAGCCUCAGGGGACCCCAAGGUCCCAGUCUCACCUAGCUGCAAGAACCACUGAUGACAAAGAGAGGCUCUACAAAGAAAUUUCUCAUGGGUCACUCUGCCCAUCUUAGCUCCAGGGACAGAUGUUCUCAGCCCCAACAGAUGUAAUAAAGUUUCCAAAAUUAUCUAUUUCUGAGGACCCUAAGUAGUCUUGAAGCCACAUUUGUGACAACUCUUCUUAUGUAAUUAUGUUUUAUCAAAGUUACCUCCUUGUCUGUUCCUUAAGAACAUUUCCUUGAAGUUGCCUGGGAU